AGCAUGGAUCCAGAUCCACAUGAUGGUGUGGAUGUGGAAUUACAGAAUUCCAUGGUUUUGAACCAUGGAUCCAGAUCCAAACCUUCUCCUUUGUUUCCAGGUCCCGUUGUGCGAGGCCAACUCUCCAGGCAGCUCUCCAGGCACUGCAGCCUUCCAGGAAGCUCCUGGCUCAGCCUUCCCGUUCCCGAGCCUUUGGAACCAGAGCAGAGCCCCAAAAAACCCAUGUCCUCUUCUGAGCCCAUCCUGGACCUCAAGGGAGACACGGCAGAGGCACUUCCAGAGAACCUGGGAGGAGCAGGGGACCAGAGCUCCUGCCCACCAAGGGACACCCCAGGGAGCGGAAAUCCCACGGAGUACACGGAACCAAGGCCAGCAGCCCUGGAGGAGCCGAAGCAGAGCCCCAGGACGAGGCAGGACCUGCCUGACCCCGGGAGUUCGGGAACCCCCUGCCCUGCUGAGCCCAUCCCUGGCACAGACCCCGAGGCAGAGGUGAAGGAUCCCAGCCCCACCAACUCCCUGCCAUGGCCAGAAGCUCCCGAGGAGCUCCCGGCCCGCCCCAACACCCUGGACUUCUCCAAAUCGCUGAAGAAGCUGGAGGAGGUGAAGCAAGCGGUGCAGCGGCGGGGCAGUGACCGCGCAGUGGUCAAGGAGAACGGCCUGGAGGCCACUGUGGCCACCAGCACGGCCACCAGCACGGCCACCAGCACGGCCAGCAGCGAGGAGCAGCGGGCUCUGCAGUCAGAGCUGGGCAGGUGCAUCGAGGAAUUCCGCAGGAUCAAGAUCCCGGUGGCUUUUCCCAACAAGAAGCGGCAGUGGCAGAGCGAGCUGCUGAGGAAGUACCAGCUGUGAGGAUGGGGCUCUCCAGCUGUUCCAGCUGUGGCACAGCCUGUCCACGCUCCCAAAAGGAGGAGCAGAGGUGGCUCCUGAAGGCUGUGCAGAUGUUGGGAGGCUCUCCAGCCUGUUCCCACCAUGGAGGGGCUGCUCCGUGUCCUCAGCAGGACAAGGACGGAUGGCCAGGGUGAUGUGCAGCAGGAAUUCCCACAU